CUUCUAUAUAGUUCAUUCUCAGUGUAUCUCAACCAAAACCAAAAACUAUAUAGUUCAUUUCCUCUGCCACAAUUUAUGAAUUUAGAGUCAUUACAACCCCAUCACUGGCAGUGUACAAAGCCCAACUGAGAACAAAGAAAAAGAUCCACCAGAAUUUAGACACUGCUUUUGUGGAUAACGGAGACAAUGUCAUCUCAGAAUCAAACAGAGGAAGCAUUAGUCACGAACCUCAACGAGACAGAUCAUGAAGUUGGCAACACAAGGGAAGAAGAGAGGGAGCAAGACCAAUCCAUGUUCAAAUUCAAGAGCCUCCUAUGGCAUGGUGGUUCUGUUUGGGAUGCAUGGUUCAGCUGUGCUUCAAAUCAAGUAGCUCAAGUGCUAUUGACUCUGCCAUACUCCUUUGCCCAACUUGGCAUGGUAUCAGGCAUCUUGCUUCAGAUCUUCUAUGGCCUCAUUGGAAGCUGGACUGCUUAUCUAGUCAGUGUCCUCUACAUAGAAUACCGCACCAGGAAGGAAAAGGAAAAUGUCAGCUUCAAGAACCAUGUCAUUCAGUGGUUCGAAGUUCUUGAUGGGCUACUUGGUCCAUAUUGGAAAGCAGUGGGGCUAGCCUUCAACUGUACUUUCCUCCUCUUUGGAUCUGUGAUUCAGCUUAUAGCAUGUGCAAGUAACAUCUAUUACAUAAACGACAAAUUGUAUAAACGGACAUGGACUUAUAUUUUUGGAGCUUGCUGUGCCACCACUGUGUUCAUACCAUCCUUCCACAACUACCGAAUCUGGUCAUUUUUGGGUCUUGGAAUGACCACUUACACGGCUUGGUACCUUGCUAUUGCAGCCAUCCUUCAUGGCCAGGUAGAAAAUGUGACACACUCGGGUCCAACAAAGCUAGUGUUAUACUUUACUGGAGCCACUAACAUACUAUACACGUUUGGAGGACAUGCUGUGACUGUAGAGAUUAUGCAUGCCAUGUGGCAGCCCCGAAAGUUCAAAUACAUCUACUUGCUAGCCACUUUGUACGUUUUCACACUAACGAUUCCUUCCGCCGUAGCCGUUUACUGGGCUUUUGGUGAUCAGCUUCUUGACCACUCCAACGCCUUCUCUCUCCUCCCCAGCUCUGGCUUCCGUGACGUUGCCGUUAUCCUCAUGCUCAUUCACCAGUUCAUAACGUUUGGGUUUGCGUGUACUCCGUUGUACUUCGUGUGGGAGAAGGUGAUUGGAAUGCACGACACAAAGAGCAUUUGUUUGAGGGCACUUGCACGGUUGCCAGUGGUGAUACCAAUAUGGUUUUUGGCUAUAAUAUUUCCUUUCUUUGGGCCCAUUAAUUCAGCUGUUGGCUCUCUCCUCGUUAGCUUCACUGUCUACAUCAUCCCUGCCCUAGCCCAUAUGCUCACUUAUAGAAAACCCUCUGCCAGACAGAAUGCUGCUGAGAAGCCUCCUUUCUUCAUGCCAAGUUGGACUGCAACGUAUGUCCUCAAUGCAUUUAUUGUGGUAUGGGUUUUGGUGGUUGGAUUUGGGCUUGGAGGAUGGGCCAGCAUGAUCAACUUGUUAAAGCAAAUUGAUACAUUUGGACUUUUUGCCGAAUGCUACCAGUGUCCCAUACCACCACCAGCGGGAGCACCACCACCUCUUGCCCAUUCCUUACCUGAUGGAGGAGGUGAUCUAGUAGGAUCAUGGUCACCUCCAAAUUUAUUGAAGAUUAUUUAAAUUACUAUAAAAAAUUAGUUAUAUGUUAAACAUUUUUUUUUAUGUUAUAUGCAUGUAGAAUUUUCUUCUUCCUCCUCCUCCUCUUCUUUUUUUCAUUUUUGGCCGUCCUGAAAUUAAAGUUCUGUCUCUGUCUCUAUGUGCAUCAUGAUGU